GAUCCCAGAUUUUCCCAACGACAAUGGGCUUCCCCUACCUCUAUACUACCCAUACCUUGCCAUCCUACCUAGUAUCCUUACCUAGCAGCCUAGGUACCUAUCCUAUCCACUCACCCCCCCUCGCCCCUUAACUCUCUUUGUCAAAUUCCCCAUGGGUCUCAUGGCACCACGGGGACUAGGAUGGGGCAACGGGGGGCAAUGGGGUAGGGCGGACCCGCAAUCCACUCACACAUGCGCGCAAGCUUCUUUCGUCUUUACCACGAGCGAACCCGUACCUAUCCCCCAAAAUUCCAGAUCUCGCGUUGCCCAGGAUUUUUACGUGCGAGAUGGGAAAAACACGGGCUAGGUGCGAAUCCGUUCAAGUGAACCUUCUCUACCGGUCCGCUCGCCCGUAGCUGGUACCCCUGCCAUGACCCAUGGGUCCCUUGGCCUUCCCAUAUAAUCCAGGGCAUGCGUCCCUUCGAAAAUAUGUGUUGACUUUUUGUUGUGUUCGUUCGUCGCCGUAGAUCUUCAACGUCCUCCGUCUCCUACCCUUUUUCCUUACCUCGGAGACCCCAUUGGUAGCUAGCUUUGCCGUACCUAGGCUCAGCAAUUCUCGACGUGGUCGUUUCUCGCACACCAAGUCUCGACUACAUACCGUCCAUAAUGGCGAUUACAGCUAUCGCCAGCAAGGCGCCGCGUAAGGAUGAGAUCACUCACGCGCAGGAGGAGGCCCCGGCUUUCGAGAAGGUCGACUGGAAGAGAGAGCCUGGUCUGAGGAAGCUGUACUUUUACUGUUUCGUGCUGUGUGUCGCUUCAGCGACUACUGGUUACGAUGGCAUGUUCUUCAACUCAGUGCAAGUUUUCGAGACGUGGAAGAAGUUCUUCAACGAUCCGAAGGGAUCCCAACUCGGCCUCCUCGCAGCGUUAUACCAGAUUGGCAGCUUGGGCUCGAUUCCCUUAGUGCCCUUACUCGCUGAUAACUUCGGCCGAAAAGUACCUAUUAUCAUUGGAUGUGUUAUUAUGAUCAUUGGUGCCAUCCUCCAGGGAGUCGCCCAGAACAUCAACACUUUCAUGGGCGGUCGUGUAAUGAUGGGAUUCGGAAACAGUUUGGCUCAAAUCGCUUCGCCUAUGUUGUUGACUGAGAUUGCUCACCCUCAACACCGUGGUCGUCUCACAGCUGUAUACAAUUGCUUGUGGAACGCCGGUGCUAUUGUUGUCACAUGGCUUUCAUUUGGUACUAAUUACAUCAACAGCGACUGGUCAUGGCGUAUCCCCGCCAUCCUCCAGGCCCUACCCUCCGUCAUCCAGAUCCUGUUCAUCUGGUGGGUACCCGAGUCGCCCCGAUACCUAAUGGCCAAGGACAAGCACGACCGCGCGCUCGCGAUCCUCGCCAAGUACCACGCCAAUGGCAACGCCCAACACCCGACCGUGCAGUUCGAGUAUCGCGAGAUCAAGGAGACGAUUCGUCUCGAGAUGGAAAGCAAAUCCAACAGCAGUUACGUCGAUUUCUUCACUACCAAGGGAAACCGAUACCGUCUCGCUGUUCUAUUGUCCCUGGGUCUCUUUUCGCAAUGGUCGGGUAACGCUAUUAUUUCCAACUUCGCGAGCAAGUUGUACGACCAGGCCGGUGUUACCGAUUCCAACUCCAAGUUCGGUCUUUCCGGCGGCCAAACCAUCCUCGCCCUCAUAGUCUCCGUCACAAUGGCCACAUUAAUCGACCGCUGGGGCCGACGCCCAAUGUUCUUAACCUCGACCGCGGGCAUGUUCGUAGUCUUCAUCUUCUGGACUUUAUGCGCGGGUUUAUACGGCGAGCACGGAUCCCCCGGCGCCAACUACGCCAUGAUCUUCUUCAUCUGGCUCUUCGGUUUCUUCUACUCCAUCGCAUGGUCCGGUCUGCUAGUCGGUUACGCCAUCGAAAUCCUACCUUACAAAUUACGCGCCAAGGGUCUCAUGGUUCUCAACAUCAUGAUCCAGGCCGCUUUGUGCUUGAACUCGUACGCUAAUCCGGUUGCUUUCGAUGCGUUCGGUGAGAAACACUCUUGGAAGCUGUACUUGAUCUACACGUGCUGGAUCUUCUGCGAGUUGGCUUUCGUGUACUUUAUGUACGUCGAGACGAAAGGACCUACGCUCGAGGAGCUCGCUAAGGUUAUCGAUGGCGAUGAUGCGCCGGUUGCGCAUCUCGAUCUCGAGCAAGUCGAGAAGGAGGUUGCGAUUGAGACGCAUGAUGUGCCGCACAAGGUAUAACAGGACGAGUGAGCGAGUAAGCAUUGUUUAGUUGGUUGUUAUCAUUAUUACCAGUGGGCCUUUUCUAGCGAUGUUCUUGGUUGGUUGUUUAAUGUUGUCGUAGUCGAUGUUGUUGCAUGAGAAUGCUUCUAUUUGCAUGCUGGAUACCCUCACUUAGCGAAAAAAAAAAAAUUGCAUGCAUUGGAUGUUGCUCCCCUCCGUCAUUGUGGACUGGUUUUUCUGGGGGCAUUGGGAUAUUUACAUAUAGGUAUUUAUAUAUACCGUGUCUGGGUGGCUAGUUGAAAAUAGCUAGGUACGAUAGCUAAACAUAUAAUGGCGCUAUCACUGAAUAUUUAUGUCUGAGUCUUGAAGUCAUUGCCUUUGGAAGUCUACAUGGUUAACCGCUGAUUUAAAAGGUCCACAAAUUUUAUAUGGCAUAACUAAAUAACUUCCUUUCCAAUUUGUCUGAUUCUUCUCAC